AUGGAUUUUAAAAAAAUAAAUCAGCUGGCCAAGAGCAAAGCGACGUAUUUACCACUGAAGAAAGUUACGGAUCUGAUGGUAGAUCGUGAUUAUAAAGUUACAGCCAUUAAAAAAGCAGUUACGAAGUAUGGUCCAAAAAUCCUACUUCAGCUCAACCAAGAGUUUCAAAUGUUUCUACCGAAACAAGUCUCCGAUGCUCUGCUCGACACCUGCAGUGCCAUAAAGAUCGAAAAUUUAUACAUUAAGAGUGCUGACAAUACUUUGGCGGAAAAGGCUUUGGAGCGAGUUAGAGCACGGGAUUCUUCGAUUGGCGAAAAAAUUGCAGCCCUUGCAGUAGCUGGUGCAAUGAAGAUUAAAAAGGGGCUAGGUGUAAAAUUAGCCAAAGUUGUUACGGCGGCUAAGAAGAACAUGAAACGAGGCAAAACUUCCGAAUCAGUAAUCAAAUCGGCUAUUUCGGGGGCUAGAGAAGCCGUGAAAAAAGCAGGAGAAAGAAAAAAAGUAAAAAUUCCACGCGUUCUACCGGUAUCCGGCAAAAUUGGGGGUGCCUUGCCGUUUCUCAUACCUCUUUUCGCUGGCCUUAGCGCCGUCGGUGCCUUGGGGGGCGGGGCCGCGGGUAUCGCUAAAGCGGUGAAUGACGCCAAAGCAGCCGAGCGGGAAUUGCAUGAAAUGAAAAAACAUAACAGAAAAAUGGAGGCAAUUGCUCUCGGUAAAGGACUCUAUUUAAAACCAUACAAAACCGGUCUUGGACUAUGUCCAUCAUAG